AAAACUCCUUUGUUCAAACUGAGAAAACUCGAGAGUUUUUUUUUUUACUCGAUUGGAGAAAAUGCUGUUGCGAAGUGCAUCGACGCCGGUUCUGAAUUCCUUAGUUCAUGUCUUGAGUCCUAGGGAAUCUCCCUUCGAUGCGGAAUUCGUUCAUCAUAUUCCGCGGACCCGCUCGGUGAUGCUGUCGGCGUCUCCGUGCUGCUGUUACAGCCCUAUCUCUGUACACUCCAGUGACGAUUCAGCGAGGAGGAUGAGCAGGGCGAUGUCGGAGAGUGAUCUCCGGCAGUUAUCGGAGAAGACAACGCCGGCGAGUAAGUUUACGAAUGGUGCUUUGGUGGAGGAGAAGAGAGAUGAAGGGAUCGGGUUCGGUUUGUUUCGUGCGUCUUCGUUGGAGUGCGGAUUUGGGUUGGGUGCUGCUCCGGAGGAAGGUUAUGAGGUUUUGGUUGGCACUGGUGCCGGCGGGAAGAUCUACGACGGCGACGGCGGUUCUAACGGUGGUGAUGGAGACGGAGGUUGUGGUUCGUGGGACCCGAACCAUGGAAAUGAUGUCAUAGAAGCUCACUACCAGAAGUUGAUUGCGGCAAACCCUGGAAAUGCGCUUCUUCUCAGCAAUUACGCAAAGUUCUUGAAGGAGGUUCGAGGAGAUCUAUUGAAAGCAGAGGAAUAUUGCGGGAGGGCUAUUUUGGCCAAUCCAAAAGACGGGGAUGUUCUGUCGAUGUAUGGGGAAUUGAUAUGGCAGAGCCAUGGAGAUUCAUCUCGAGCCGAGACAUACUUCCACCAAGCUGUGAAAGCUGCUCCUGAUGAUUGUUAUGUUCAUGCAUCAUAUGCUCGAUUUCUGUGGGAUGCUGAAGAUGGAGAUGAAGAUGAAGAGGGGGAAGAAGAACUCGAGAGCCAAAGAGCAAAUCUGAAUUUCUUCAGUGGACCGUCUCCAAUAACGUCGCCUGCAUAAACUUAUUCCGGUGGCGAUCUCCUUGUAUAAUACAAGAUUAGAUGAUGCUAACCAACUAACCCUGUUGUUAAAUUCCACUUCUUUUGUAGUUUUCCUUUUUGCUUUUCUUGGUAUUCUUCUGCUUGAGAUUUAGGGUUUCCUUCCUUGUAGCCAUAUAACGGAGAAAGAAAGUAAGGGUAGAUGGAAUAAAAAGUUUUGCUUCCGAUGGAUGUCAA